AUGACUCGAACUAUCUUUAGUUCUGCCUUUAGGGUUUUAGGUCGUCGAUAUGCUUCUCAGAAACCGUUCUAUGUGACUACACCUAUUUUCUAUGUGAAUGCUAGUCCUCAUAUGGGCCAUCUUUAUUCGAUGCUUUUAUGUGAUGUUCGUAUACGGUGGCAGAAGUUGAAUGCAAAGAACAACACUACAUUUUUCACUACCGGAACGGAUGAGCAUGGCCUUAAGAUUCAAAACGCCGCAGAGAAACAAGGUGUUGAUCCAAAACAGUUUGUUGAUUCUGUAUCGCAGAACUUUCAUGUCUUGAGUGACAAAAUGGACAUUCAAUACGACAGAUUUAUCCGUACAACCGAUCCUGACCAUAUGAGUGCUGUGCAAUACGUCUGGAAGGUGUUUAAGGAGAAGGGAUUGAUUUAUGAGGGAUCUCAUGAAGGUUGGUAUUGUGUCAGUGACGAGACCUUCUAUCCAGAAGCUCAAUUGGAACAAGUGGAAAGAGAUGGUAAAAGAAUAAUGAUUUCUCGAGAGUCUAAGAACGAAGUGGUUUACCAAAAGGAAACUAACUAUUUUUUUAAGUUGGCUCGAUUCCAAGAUCAAUUGAUUAAGUUUUUGGAAGAGAAUCCGGAUUUUAUUGCUCCUAAAGCAAAGUAUGAAGAGUUGUUACGAGAAUUAAAGGACACCAAACUCUCAGAUUUAUCCAUUUCCAGACCAUCUUCAAGACUUAAUUGGGGCAUAGAAGUUCCUGAUGAUCCUUCUCAAAAAAUUUAUGUAUGGCUUGAUGCUUUAUUUAACUAUGUUGUAUCCUCGGGGUUCCCUGGAAAGUUUCCCCUUCUUGCAGAUGGUACUUAUGAAGUACCCACUGAAGUACCCUGGCCCGCUACACAUGUUAUUGGUAAGGAUAUUAUUCGAUUCCAUUGCAUUUAUUGGCCUAUUUUCCUUAUGGGUCUAGGGUUACAACUUCCAAAGCAAGUGGUUGUACAUCUGCAUUGGCUUUGCGAUGGAUUUAAGAUGUCAAAAAGCUUGGGAAACGUUAUAGAUCCAAUUCUUACUCAAGAUCUAUACGGCCAAGAUGCUCUUAGAUUUUUCUUGACUGAGUUUUCCAAUAUUGAAUCUGAUUGCAACUUUGUGGAAGAAUCUUUCCACAAUAGUAGAGAUCAUAUAAUUGGUACUUAUGCCAACCUUAUAACCCGUAUAGGAGGAGCUGCUUUUAACAUUGAAGAGUCCGUUCAAUGGGCCAAAGAGGGUAAGUAUGUGGACAUUAAUUCUAUCAUUGAGAGUCAUUAUGACCCUGCAAAAGCAACACAAAUUUGCACAUGUCGUAGCGAACUAACUUCGUUAUUAGACAACAUUUACAACAGUAUGGAUGAACGGAUGGUACAAUUUGACUAUAAACCCGCAAUUAGAGAAUGGUGGGGUGUUUUAGAAAAGGCUAAUCUUUUUGUACAAUUGAGUGAACCUUGGACAUUCAAAAAGCUCAUUGCUUCUAACCCAGAGAAUUCCACCUCUUACGAAAUACUUCGUCAUUAUUCCAUAUAUCUUGCCCUGGAAGCCUCUAGGAUUGCAUCAAUCUUAAUUCAACCUGUUAUCCCUGAAUUAGCAUCCAAAUUACUAGAUAGACUUAAUGUUUCAGAGUCUAAGAGAUCAGCUGCUCAAUGCCAUUUAGGUGGUGAUUUUACUUACGGUGCAGGUGCCAACUCCAAAACUCACAAGCUUCCCAUCCAACGUAUAGUUCCUACUGAAAAACUAUAUGUGCCUGUUAAAUAG